AUGUUUAAAAGGAGCGGUGUCCUCUGCUUGGGGAUCAGGGAGAGGUGUUCCCCCAGUCACUGUGAGCAUGGCGGCAGGUGCACCCAGUCCUGGAGCUCGUUCCACUGUAACUGUUCCUCCACCGGAUACAGCGGAGCCACCUGCCACAGCUCCAUAUAUGGGCAGUCAUGUGAGGCAUACCGACACCAGGGCAACCGAUCUGGACAUUAUCACGUAGACAUCGACGGCAGUGGACCCAUUAAACCCCAGCUCAUCUACUGCAACAUGACAGAGGACCAGACGUGGAUGGUUCUGAAGCACAACAACACGGAGCUCACCCCCCUCCGGCCGCCCCCAUCGGGGGGGCCGCAUCACGCCUCCUUCGACUACGCCUCCGAAGAGGAGCAGCUGACCGCCAUCAUCGGCCAAUCAGAGCACUGUGAGCAGGAACUGUCCUACUACUGCAGGAAGUCCCGCCUCCUCAACACACCGGAGGGCCCGGCCUCCAGCUGGUGGGUCGGGGGUCCGUCUCCAGGGGCGACCCAGACCCACUGGGGGGGCGCGGUGCCGGGCAGCCAGCAGUGCGCCUGCGGCCUGCAGGAGAACUGCCUCCACCCCCGGCACCUCUGCAACUGUGACGCUGACCAGCCACAAUGGGCAAACGACUCGGGGCUGCUGACCAAUAAGGAGACACUUCCCCUCCGAUCUCUGGUGCUGGGGGACAUCCAGAGGCCUGGCUCUGAGGCCGCCUAUAGGGUCGGGCCCCUACGUUGUCACGGCGACAAGAGCUACUGGAACGCAGCGUCCUUCGACACGGAGACUUCCUACCUUCACUUCCCCGCCUUCCACGCCGAGCUGAGCGCCGAAAUCUCCUUCCUGUUCAAGACCACCGCUUCCUCCGGAGUCUUCCUGGAGAACCUGGGGAUCAAGGACUUCAUCCGCAUUGAGCUCAGCUCCUCCACCCAGGUGGUCUUCUCCUUCGACGUGGGGAACGGCCCUCUGAGGGUGCGGGUGGACGCGGGGGUCCCGCUCAACGACGACCGCUGGCACGCGGUGCGGGCCGAGCGCAACGUGAGGGAGGCCGCGCUGCGCGUGGACGCGCUGCCCGCCGCCGCGCUGCAGGCCCCCGCAGACGGACACAUCAGCCUGCAGCUCAACAGCCAGCUCUUCAUAGGCGGCACGGCGUCCCGGCAGAAGGGCUUCCGGGGCUGCCUGCGCUCGCUGCAGCUGAACGGGGUCACCCUGGACCUGGAGGCGAGGGCCGCCAUCACCCCGGGGGUCCGGCCCGGCUGCCCCGGACACUGCAGCACCUACGGCGCGCUGUGCGUCAACGGGGGCCUCUGCCAGGAGAGGCCCAAGGGCUUCGCCUGUGACUGCGGCCCCUCGGCCUUCACUGGAACCUUCUGUCACCAAGAGCUGUCGGCCAGCUUCACGUCGGCCACCGCGGUGCGCUACGCCCUCCGAGAGCCCCGGCACCCGGGUAGGAACCAGAGCGCCCUGCCCGCCCCCCCGCUCCCCGCCCUGCCCCUGAGGGGGGAGGAGGUGUCCCUGAGCUUCAGGACCAGCCAGAGCCCCGCUCUGCUCCUCUACGCCUCCUCGUCCCACCACCGGGAGUACCUGGCGCUGGUCCUCAGCGGAGAGGACAAGGUGGAGGUGCGGUACAGGCUGCACAGCGGCAGAGAGGUGGAGUCGGUGAGGAGUGACGUGGCUCACCUGGCUAAUGGCCAGCUCCACACAGCUUCUGUCAGGAGGCGGGCCGACACCGUAUCCAUCCAGGUGGACCAACAUGCUAGAGAAGACUUCAACCUGUCCUCUGAUGUGGAUUUCAACGACUUUGAGUCUCUGACUUUAGGGAGAGUGCUAGGGUCUUCUGAGAUGGACCACGAGAUGGCUCUGCUGGCCUCCAGGGGGUUCACGGGCUGUCUGUCGGGGGUCCUCUUCAACUCCAUCAGCCCGCUGAAGGCCGCCCUGCUGCACCCGGACACGGGCCACGUCAGCGUCAGCGGGCCCCUGGCCCGGUCCCGCUGCGGGGCCCCCCCUCCAGCCAGGCCCUACACCUCCCAGACCACCCACUCCCUCCCAGACCUGUCGGGCUCCGUGGGCCCCGGCCAGCCGCUAGUCAACGCCAUCCGGAGCGAGUCGGCCCUGAUUGGAGGCCUGAUCGCCGUGGGGGUCUUCGUGGGUCUGUGUGCGCUGGCCGUCGCCGUGCGACUGCUGCACCGGAGACGAGACGCCUGCCGCGGGCCCGAGACAAAGGGGGCCCCCUCAGGGGAGGAGGCCCCCCGGGAGUUCCCCUUUAGCGGCCAGGCUGACUCGGAGAACGACUCCUUUGAGAGCCCCAAGGAGUUCUUUAUUUAGUGGCCCCCACUGACCCCUCCACUGGGUGCUGGAGAAGAGGGGCGGCUGCCAUGCGGGGGCCCCCAGAUAUCCACAGAGAACAAAACAGCAAAAUAAACGUCUCGUCCCCUGGGAUCAGGGAAACGGCGAGCUAAGAACACAAACAAAGAAGACCGUCCUUCUUGUUAGUUGUGUUGUGUAUAUAGUGUAUAUUAAUGUAAUGAUCACUGUAAAUGUGACCAACCAAUGUGCUGGACUGUGGUAUUGAAAAUGGUAUUUGUCAUUAUGGAGUAUGAGUAUGGCUAGAGUGAUAAAUAUUCUAGUAUCUAUUCGGUGAACCAGAAAAUUUGCAGUUUGGGCCACAAUGAUUGACUCUAAUGCAAAUACAGAAGCACAUUCAGAACUAAUAACGUAUACCGUGAUGUAAAAUACUUUAUUUAUUUAAAUGUCUUUCUCUCAAGGUUUUACAAGGUAUCAAUGUCAAUUGUGCUUUGUGUUUGUUUGUGUUUUGUGUGUGUGUGUGUGUGUGUGUGUGUGUGUGUGUGUGUGUGUGUGUGUGUGUGUGUGUGUGUGUGUGUGUGUGUGUGUGUGUGUGUG